CUGACCUGUGAUGUUCACACACGAGACACCCGAACUCCGUUAUGUGCUCGACCCCCAAGGAGUCUCUCCGCACCUCCGCAAACAGGCGACCCCCGACAGCAGCCACUGCGGACACAGGACCCGGCUCCACACACCCCCUCCCCAAACAGCAGCGCGCAGCCUCUUCACCAGGAACCGAGUAGGGGAGGGGGCACCUAGGCAGUCAACAGGAACGCAGAGACGACGGCGAGGCUGCUCGGAGUGUCUAUGCCCACUCUGUUGCCGCUCCCGAACUCCGGUACGGUCUCCCACUCGGCCCCCUGCGCCCGCUCAGUGUCACUGCCUCUCGCUCUGGGAAAAUGGCGGCGACGGCGGCGGCGGCCGCGGCGGCGGCGGCGGCGGCGGCGGCGGCGGCGGCAAGUGCACGGGGCCCGCCCGUCCCGCUCCGCAGGGGCAGAGGGGGAGGGGAUGAAGCUGCCCGGCGCCAUUUUGCUUGUGGGCUGCCGCCCGCCGUUGCCUCUCAGCGGAGGCUCGAAGAUAGCAAACUGGAGGCGGUGAGGGGGACGGAAUCUCUGUAUUUCUGACAACAGAUGCAUUCAACAAUCCACCGAAGGUUUGAGGAAGUGUCGGUGUUCGGUGGGACUAGUUCUUUCCCCCUUUCCCCCAGUGGCCCUCAAAUCUGGAUAUAGGUGAGCUUGGGCAGUGCCAGUAUUGGGUGCACGGACAAGGACAGCAGGGCCUGGGAACGAACUCCCUCCCGUCACCCUUCGAAAGCGAUACACUUUCUCUUCCUCCCAAACAACCCCAGUCCCGUCUCCCCGUCCCUCUCCCCCUCCUCCCCCAAGCCCAGUCUGGCCUCCGGCGCUGGGUGAACCCGGUUGGGGUGUCACUCGACGCCCACUAGGGGCUGAGGAGGCUCCAGUGCGCAGGCUCCGGGCACCGGAUAAAAGCGGAGCUGGCGAGUCCAGCGCUGUCUCGAUGGAGGAGCAAGAAACGGAAGAGAUCGGGGGGAGAAGCAGCAGGAAAAAUGCAGCAACCGUCAACGCCGCCUCCCUGCCACCGUGUUUCGGGGUAAAAAGCUGCCGUUGCCGUCGGUGCAGUUGCCGUCGCUGCCUCCUAUACUUCUCUUGGCCUCGGGGAAGGAUUUCCCCACCGGUGGGACAAUGUGCGGGGAGGGGAGUGGGAAUUCCUUUAUGUGGCGGUGAUUAAACGAGGGAGGGACAGAGAGACAGUGAUCUCGAAGAAAAAAGGGGGAGACCAAAGAAUAAAAGGGUUUCCCCACUAAAAUGACACGGCGAUUCCGGCUCUUGUUUUCGGGGUCUUUCCCCGAAAUGGUUUGCGUCUUCCCCUUGCCCCGCAGCGACCCGGAGCGCAGGGGG